AUGUCGGCUUCCAUCGAGCUGCAGCCGCUCGAGCGCACGCCGACCACCGCCUCGUCGUCGCGAACGACCGACAAGCUCGCCGACCCGCUUGCCGACGAGCCUGCAGCACCAGUCGAGGGACCGCCGGCGCACAAAGAAGCCUUCUCGUCCUACCCCGACGGCGGCAUCCUCGCGUGGUCGCAAGUCGCAGCGUGCUUUACCCUGUUCUUCACCACGGUUGGAGGCAUCUACAGCUGGGGCGUCUUUCAAGAUGCGCUCGUAACGGCCGACGUCGCGUCCGCCUCGACCCUCGCCUUUGUCGGCUCGACCCAGGCGACGAUGCAGGCCAUCCUCGCGAUCCCGAUCAGCCGGCUCAUCGCCGUAUACGGACCGCGUUGGGUUGCUGUCGCAGGGACGGCGUGUACUGCACUCGGCCCGCUCCUCGCGAGCUUCUGUACCCGCAGCGUGCCCGGCCUUCUCAUCACCGAGGGUCUCGUGUUCGGCAUCGGCGAGGCGUGCUGCUUCUUCUGCGCGGCGACGCUCCCGUCCAUGUACUUCAGCUCGCGACGCAACGUCGCGACGGGCAUCGUCUACUCGGGCGCCGGCAUCGGCGGCGCCGUCCUCAGCAUCACGACGAGUGCCCUCUUGCAGCGUACCAGCCUCGGGUGGACGUUCCGCAGCCUCGCCCUCAUCAUGCUCGGGCUCAACCUGCCGGCGUCGCUCGCGCUCAAGAGUCGCCUCGAGCGGCAACCUCUGCGCGGUGGCGGCAAGCGGUUCGACUGGGCCAUCUUUCGCGACGCCAACUUCGUCCUCCUCCUCGUCGGCACCUCCAUUGCACUUUUUCCAUUGUUCGUAGCGCCGUUCUUCUUGCCGCUCUACGCGACGAGCGCCGGCUUCUCCAAGACGGCGGCAAGCUGGGUCCUGGCGGGCUUCAACCUGUCGAGCGCCGCCGGCCGGAUCGCGUUCGGGCUGGGCGCCGACCGGUUCCUCGGCAGCCUCAACUCGCUCGUCAUCUGCCUGUUCUUCAACGGACUGAGCUCCUUCGUCCUGUGGCCGUUUGCGAGCGCGCUCGGUCCUCUCAUCGCCUUUAUCGUCGUCAACGGCGUUUGCGCCGGCGGCACUUUCUCGCUCAUCCCGGGCGUCCUCUCGUCGGUCUUUGGCUCGGCCCGACUGUCCGACAUCUUCUCCAUGAUCCUCUCCUUCUGGUCCGUCGGCUACUUCCUCGGCAGCCCCAUCGCCGGGUACCUCUUGCAGGCCGGCGGCGGCGCCGCCCGAGGACCCGAGGCGUACCUCGCCGCCGUCCUGUACGCCGGCGCGCUCUCGACCGCGGCGUCGGCACUCGUGCUCGCCGUCAGGAUCAUCCAGAGUCGGCGCGUGUGGAAGAAGCUGUAG